AUCGGGCAAAAAUAUGGCAGCACAUUCGAUUUCUGUUUUGGAUACAUCUUUUUCUCGCAUACGUUUUGUACAUCCAUUCAUUAAGUGACAAGAUGGCGAUUGAGACGAAUAAACUUUUGCUGUCCACACAGCAGGAAAAACCUAAUCAUUAUACAUAUUUAAAGGAAUUUCGCGUAGAACAAUGUCAAUCGUUUCUACAGCAUAAAUGCAAUCAGCACCGUCCGUUUGUAUGCUUCAAUUGGCAUUUUCAAAAUCAAAGACGCCGCAGACCGAUACGAAAGCGGGAUGGUACAUUUAAUUAUAGUGCUGAUAAUUAUUGUACAAAAUAUGAUGAAACUACAGGAAUAUGUCCAGAUGGAGACGACUGCCCAUUUUUGCAUCGUACCGCUGGCGAUACAGAAAGGCGUUAUCAUUUACGCUAUUACAAGACAUGCAUGUGUGUACAUGAUACCGAUAGUCGUGGUUAUUGUGUUAAAAAUGGGCAUCAUUGUGCCUUUGCUCAUGGUGCCCAAGAUCAAAGGCCAGCCGUUUAUGAUAUUAAGGAAUUAGAAGCAUUACAAAAUGCUGAACUUACACUAGACGGAGCUAAUGCCCAGAAUGCAUUAGACAAAGAAAGAAAUCUAAUGAAUGAGGAUCCCAAAUGGCAGGAUACCAACUAUGUAUUGGCCAAUUAUAAGACGGAACCUUGCAAAAGGCCACCCAGAUUAUGUAGACAAGGCUAUGCUUGUCCACAAUAUCAUAAUAGUAAAGAUAAGAGACGUAGUCCUCGCAAAGUUAAAUACAGGUCAACGCCUUGUCCUAAUGUGAAACACGGCGAAGAAUGGGGUGAACCUAGCAAUUGUGAAGCUGGAGAUAAUUGUCAAUAUUGUCAUACACGUACGGAACAACAAUUUCAUCCGGAAAUCUACAAGUCUACCAAAUGCAAUGACGUUCAACAGGCUGGUUACUGUCCUCGUAGUGUAUUUUGUGCAUUUGCUCAUGUUGAACCCUAUAUUGUCACUGAGGAGAAGCCCCGUGAUUUAGAUGCGAUUACAACAAAUUUAGCUCUAAGUGAUUUAAUAUCAAAUGCUUUGCCAGAUAUCAAAACUAAGGAUGCAACCAACAACAAAACAGGACUAAUGACAAUUGGCGAAAAUUUAUUGAAUAUUGUAUAUAUCAAUUUUAAAGAUAUAAUUUUAAUUUAUUUGCAUUAUAUAUCGAAUCAAAUAUUUGUAAUAUAAGAUAAGAGAAAAUAUGAAGACUCAAACACAUACAAUUUCUACUGACAACUACUCAACGUUAAAACAGUCAUGACCAGUUGUUGCUUUGAUGAGUUUUGUUUUUUGUUCACAUUUUCUUUACUCUCAAUUUUCGUACGCCAAAGCUAAAUAUAUUUUAACUUUUGUACUUUGUUCACAAGUAUAAUGCAUUGAUUGGGAAAGCUCUCAUAUAAACAUAUAUAUUAAACAAAAGCUGUUAGCCGCAUUUGGACGCAUUGUAUGUGUGUGUUUGAGCUUUUGUCUUCCAUCGUACAGGGAAAAACAUUUUCCAACUCUGGUAACUUUAACGUGGAGCAACAAAAACCGCUAAACGCUUAACAAAAGAAAGAAAAAAAGAAUUUUUAGUAAAAUAAAAAUUCCGGUUCUGCUUCUUGGGGUAAUCGUCGUCAUCAUCAUCUUUCACAAACGCCCUUUGAUUUUUCUGCUUCUAAACCAAAUAGAAUUAAAAAACGAAAAGAAGUGAUUGAUACCGGUAA